AUGCAUGCACGUAAUUCUCCUUCGAGUUUUCAAUACAAAAGUUCUCGAAUUCGUGUUUUUCCUUUGGGUUUGGAUGUUUUUGCUCAAAUGUUAUUUGGUCAAAAUAACAUAAACACGAGGUUUGAUUCCAUGGGAGAGGAACAAUUUGUUCCGGUAUCAAAGGAAGCCAAUGAAUCUCUUGAGAAGGUGAAGAUUGAAAAUCGUGAUGCCAUUGAAAAGUGUAGUGUUUGUCAAUUUGAGUUCAAUGCUCGAACGGAGGUCACAAAAAUGCCAUGCAAUCAUUUGUAUCAUCAAGAAUGCAUUGUUGAGUGGCAGGAAACUAAUCACAUGUGCCCAACUUCAACAAGUGGCUGA